GGAGUAACCUUUGGUAGAUGUGCUGCUAUGCUUAUAAUUCCAGUCUAACUAGCGAAAUUGACUUAUAGCACAGGUAUAUAGACUUGAGAAGGAAAUUCACCACUCUUAUCUUACUUAAAGCAUAGCUUAUUGAACCCAGGUCCCAUGUCUUUAUCCUUGGCUCAGAAGAGGUGUCCUGAAGAGCCUUAGCGGAGUGGGGGUCACAAACAUAAGAAAAGCAAAGAAACAUUAAAUUAGAAGUAGGUUCAGGGGGAGCUGAUCAGGACAGUUUUAUAAAGGAGUUACCUGUCAUGGCUGGAAUUUCAUUUCCAGGGAUUGGUUUGCUGUUACUGUUUGUAUUAAUGGUUGUGGAAAGUCAUGUGAAAGCAGAAUGGAUUAUUCCACCAGUUAAAGUUAGAGAAAAUGAAGAGCAUACCAAAAAUCCAAUUGCCAAAAUUCGAUCUGAUGUAAAAGAUGUAGUUAAAUACGAAAUUGUUGGUGAAGGAGCUGAUCAGAAACCUUAUCACUUAUUUAUUAUUAAUCCAGACAAUGGUGAGGUUAGCAUCACAUCAAUGGUUGACAGAGAAGAAAAGGACAUCUACAAACUGAAAGGACGUGCUUAUAACGCUGCAGGAAAACAAGUGGAAAAUGAUAUUGACCUGCUGGUUAAAAUUGAAGAUGUUAAUGAUAACAGUCCCAAGUUCACACAGAAUUUUUUUUCUGGGAGCGUUUAUGAACUGAGUGAGAGAGAUACUUUUGUAAUGCAAAUAAAUGCAACUGACGCGGAUGAGCCAAACUCAAGAAAUUCACUCAUUGCUUACGAAAUACUUGAACAGAGCCCUGCAGACAUGUUUUAUGUUGAAAGGAACACGGGCAGAAUUAUGGUAGCGGAGUCUACCCUUGACAGAGAGACACAGUCAAAGUAUACUCUUACGGUACAAGCCAAAGAUUUGGAUGGAGAAUUGGGUGGUUUGGCUACCACAGUACAACUUGACAUUAAAAUUAAAGAUGUCAAUGACAAUGCUCCAGCACUGGAGUUUGAGCCUUAUGAAGGUAGUGUUGUUGAAAAUACAAAAGGCGUGGAAGUAAUGAGAAUGAAAGCCCUUGAUGCAGAUGAAGAAUUUUCAGAGAACUGGCUUGCUGAAUUCGAAAUUGAAUCGGGCAAUGAAGGGGGUUACUUCAGGAUUGAGACUGAUGUAAAGACUAAUGAAGGGAUUUUGAUUCUACAAAAGGAAGUUGACUAUGAAGAAUUACAGAGCAUUAUCCUCACUGGUGUUGUCAGAAACAAAGCAGCUUUCCAUAUUUCAAAGGGAUCCUCAUCAUUUUCUUCAAUUCUAAAAUAUUUUGAAGUUAAAAUCAAAGUGAAAAAUGAGCCUGAAGGUCUUAAGUUUACCCCAAAGGUAAAGGCAAUUUACAUUUCUGAGGCGACGUCAAAAGUUGAUCUUACAAAAGUAAUUGCAAAGUAUCCAGCCAUUGAUGCAGACACUGGAAAAAUUGCUGAAAAAGUCAAGUAUGUAAAGAAAUAUGAUCCUCAUAAUUGGCUGAUAAUUGAUCUGAAGACUGGAGAUAUUAAACUUGCAAAAGUACCAGACCGUGAAUCAAAAUUUUUGGUUAAUGGCACAUAUACUGCAGAAAUAUUGGCCAUUACAGAUGAUUUACCUGCAAAAACUGCUACUGGUACUAUUGCAAUCCAGGUAGAAGACUUCAAUGAUCACUGUCCAGUUCUUACAAGUACCUCUACAGACAUGUGUUCUAAUGAGAAAUCGGUGGUAGUCACAGCUGUAGAUGAAGACGCGGAUCCCAAUAGUGUCCCCUUCAAAUACAAGAUCUUUGAUGAACCUAAGGGUACAGCGCAGAACUGGAAAGUCGAACAUCUCAAUGGAACUAGCAUGAUACUCAAACCCAUGGAAACCUUUUGGCCUGGUCAGUACAGUGUAACCCUUUUAAUAUAUGAUCAGCAGGGGAAAUCCUGUAGUGACAAGCAGGUUCUAAAUAUUGCCGUCUGCACCUGUGAAAACACCAGGGCCUGUGUACCAGUCACCGACAGACUUCAGUCAACUGGAGCUAGACUUGGACCUGCGGCUAUUGGUCUUAUGAGUCUAGCACUCUUACUGCUGCUACUUGUGCCUCUUCUGCUGCUAUUUUGUUCAUGUGGGGCUGGAGCGGCAGGCGGUUUUGUCCCAAUUACUGAUGGUUCAGCAGGACAUUUGAUUUCAUAUGACACGGAAAAAAUAGGUGAAGAUAAGGCAGUUCCACCUCUUGUACCAUCAAUGGUCAAGGACAUCAAUGGACAAAUUUGGUGGCGAAGACCAGUAACAGCAGAACAGUGGCACGCCAAGGGAUGGAGUGUAGAUGCCUUUGAGGGUGUAGCUCUACCUGAAGCUUACUUGGAACAGUACUAUGUGGAGAAAACUAAAUAUGUUUUAAUGGAAGGUCAUUUACAAAAAGAUGCCAUGUUGGUGUAUGAUUAUGAAGGCCAGGAGUCACCUGUGGGUUCGACAGGAUCUUGUAGCUUUACUGAAGAAGAUCUAGACCAAAGCUUCCUAAAUGAACUAGGACCAAAGUUUAAGACUCUUGCUGAAAUCUGCAGGGGCACAGAGAUGACUUCAGGAGUUUCAGUUGAGCAGCCUGGUGUUGCUGUUCAGCACACCACCGUGUCCACUAACCCAGUCAUCACCAAUAAUUGUGUGGUGACCAACAAAACCGUUGAGGUGACCAGCCCAGUUCCAGCACCCCAGGUCCAAAAGAAUGUGGUUGUCACAGAAAACGUGUCUCCUCCUCAGCCAACCGUGUAUCUCCAGAAAAAUGUGGUUGUUUCUGACCCUGGCUUCGUUCAACAGCCUGUAUACUAUGCCACUAACCCAAUCAUUCAGACCACUCGAUACAUUGUUGAGCCACAGAUCCAAAGGAAUGUCGUGAUAGAAAGGUCUUCUGUCCCUGGCUUGCAAGGCCACCUUCUAAUGAGUGACGUUCCAAGCACUCAGAAUGUGAUGGUGACCCAGAAGAGAUUGGUGCAUGGCUCGGGUAAUCAGGGUGGCAUGAUGGUGGGGUUAGAUCAGGGUACUCUGCGCACGAGUGAAAUACCAAACUCACAGCAUGUGUUACUGCUGGAAAAUAGAGGUUUUGAUCAGGGAAGUAUGCACUUCAGUGAACCUGUUUCUCAUAAUGUGGUGUUGACGGAGAAGAGAGUGGUGUCUGGACGUAAUGUGCAGGGUGACAUGAUGGGGUAUGAACUAGGCAGCUUGCACAGGAAUGUAAUGCCUGGUUCACAGAAUGUAAUGGUAACAGAGAAGACCGUGGUAUCUGAUUCCAGUAUGCAGGGUGGAAAGAUGGGUUUUGGUCAGGGUACUCUGCGCAUGAGUGAAAUGCCAAAAUCACAGAAUGUGGUGCUGUUAGAAAAUAAAGGUUUUGAUCAGGGAAGCAUGCGCUUGAGUGAACCUGUCUCUCAUAAUGUGGUGUCUGGACAUAAUGUGCAGGGUGACAUGAUGGGGUAUGAACUAGGCAGCUUGCACAGGAAUGUGAUGCCUGGUUCACAGAAUGUAACAGUAACAGAGAAGACCGUGGUAUCUGAGUCCAGUAUGCAGGGUGGAAAGGUGGGGUUUGGUCAGGGUACUCUGCGCAUGAGUGAAAUGCCAAACGCACAGCAUGUAACAGUGACAGAGAAGAGAGUGGUAUCUGGAAGUAGUGUGCAGGUUGGGUUAAUGGGAUGAAAUAAGAUGCACUUGGCAUAUAUAAAAGGUUGUUUAACAAUAUGCAAUAUACACACACAGAUGUAGUCAAAAGUUGACAUACCUCCAUGGAAAUUUAUAAUUUCUAGACAUUUCUCAAAUAAAUAAUUAUACCUUUGAAUUAGCAUUUUUUGGAGUUUGUA